GAAGACCGCCGAUGGAAAGAUGGCUGCGUUCCGCUGUCGGCGAGACCCGUGCGGUUUCAUCUGUCUCAUUUUAACUUAUUUUAGCGUUUUUUAUGCUGACUAUGUCGUGAUACAGUACGUCUUGAUCCCCGCGUAUUCCGGAAGUGUAUGGUGCACUCUCCAUGGAUCUGUGUUUAAUAUUAUUCUGUUACUACUGCUGGCGUGCCAUUCUAAAGCAGUGUUCUCUGACCCUGGUAUGGUUCCUCUGCCCGAAACAGCCAUCGACUUUUCUGACUUGAGGUCCCAGUCUAACCGGCUUAAUGACAGAGGCUGUGAGGGCUGGACAGUGUGCAGUCGCUGUGAGACGUAUCGACCUCCUCGUGCCCAUCACUGCAGAGUUUGUCAGCGCUGCAUCAGGCGAAUGGACCAUCACUGCCCGUGGAUCAAUAACUGUGUUGGAGAGCUCAAUCAGAAAUACUUCAUACAGUUCCUGUUCUACACAGGCAUGGCCAGUCUAUAUUCCAUGGCGCUUGUGGUGUCGGCAUGGGUGUGGAGAAUAAGGAGUGAAAGAGAGGGAGAUGGAGAUGAAGGAGAAGAAGCUCCCAGUAAACAUCUGAUUGUGGCGCAUUAUAUUAUUCUGUUGGUGGAGUCUAUACUGUUUGGGGUUUUUGUCUUGGUUAUUUUUUAUGACCAGCUGGUGUCCAUUAUAACAGAUGAGACGCCGAUCGAACAGAUGAGAAACAGGCUGAUGAAAGACAAGUCCAACAACACCCAACCGAAUCAUGUCGCUCACACAAGAAAACCCAAAAUCGCAUUGCUGAGGGAGGUGUUUGGACGCGGAUCAAUACUAUGUUGGCUGUUCCCACUUCAUUCUGCCCCUCCCUCCGCUGGUGGCAUCAGUUAUUCUGCACUUCCUGACUAUGAUGUGUAAAGCGUCUUUGUCAUCAGUUCUUUUCUAACGUUCCAUCAGUAUCAUGUUUAGAACACUGUGAAUAUUGUGGUACCAAGUGCAGAUUUACUCAUUUACUCACAUUCAUCAACGAUGAAUAAAAAUGGUGAUUUUAUUAGGACAAAGAAUGCUGCUUUUGGUUCUUGAACACAAACUGUUUCAAGUUACUUAUCAGGACAAAAGUUACACUAUAUCCCCAUUUAGUUUUUGCCUAAAUCAUGAUUUCUUGUCUCUUUAAGUGGCACAGGGCCAUUUAAUGGUUGCUGUUAGACGAUAAUGUUCAAAGAAGUUUGUUGUUUUCUCUCCUUCUGACCUUGCCACGACUUUUAUUUAUCUGAACACUGACAGGCUGUGUAAUGCACACUAACACUUACACAAGGUUGUUAUUUUUUAAAUAUACAUACGUGUUUAUUUCAGGUAAUGCAAUGGGUCUCUUUCAUUCUGUAAUUGUCAUUGUGUGUUUUAGCCUGUUCAAGUACAUGGACUGUGCUCCAUUUGACAUAUUUGGAUUGUAUAUAAAGAUGUAUUUUAUACCUUUGAUUUCAGUUUCUGAUCAAUUGUUGCUGCAUUUUCAGGGUACUGGAAUACGUUGAAGUGCUUUUUUAUUUUGUUUGUAUUGAUAAUGUUUUCACUGUUUGACAGCUUGAGGGAUGUGUGUACAUAACAAAUGAACCCUGUAUAUUGAUAAUGUUUACAUUGAUAUUUAUUGUAAUUUAUCAGUGGAUUUGUGCUGCUCUGACUUAAGUGAAGUAAAAUAUGUCUUUCAUA